ACCCAGCAGUGCCCAAUCACAGAUGCUCCCAGGCAGGGUUGUGUUGUCUCAUGCACGGUGCUUUAUUAAUAACCCUGGUUAAUUGUAUGAAGUCCUUGCCCUGCCAUGGAGCCGAGGGGCGGUGGAGCAGAAGGGAACGAGCUUUGUCCCCCCGCCCAGCCCGGGGGCGGUGCGGCACGGCCGGAGCUCCCACCCGCGCAGCCUUCGCUCCUCAUCCAGUGUCCGCUGGAGCGAGGCAGAGCCAGCAUCCCGCGGGGCUCGCAGGCUCCCGGUGCCAUGCGGGGCCCGCUGCUCUGGGCGGGCUGGCUUCUGGCCACCGGCUGCCUGGUAGGAGCCACGGGCAGCUGCCGGCACCGCUGCUGUCCCGGCAGGAACAACGCCUGCUGGGCCCCCGGCGCUCACCGGGCUCGCUGCUACUGCGACUCGUACUGCCAGCGGACGGGAGACUGCUGCCAGGACUACCUCGCCACGUGCCGCCGUGCCGCGGUGGGCUGUGCCGUGGGGCCCUGGGGGCCGUGGAGCGGAUGCAGCUCCCCGUGCGGGGUUGGCAGCAGGGCCCGCAGCCGCCAGGUCACUGUGCCGCCCCGGCACGGCGGGGAUCCCUGUCCUGACCUCAAGCAGCGCCGCGGCUGCCUGGGGCAGCACCCGACCUGCGGGACGGCCGAAGAGGUAGCCAAGAUACUCCCCAACUCCUGGCCAGGCUUCAGAAAUCCCUGGGGAAGAGCUGGGCUGCCACUGCCAGAGGAGCCCCCAUGUGCCCCCCUCCCCAGCUCCUGUGGAUAUUUCCGCCUGACUCAGGUGGGGUCCCCGUGCCGCGGGCACGCCUGGAGCCGCCGGCUGCAGCGGGACAAGCAGGUGUGUGGGGAAUGCUGGGGGAAUCUGCCCCACUGCCGUCCCCACUGCACCAGACACGGGCUGCAAGGAGCCAGGACAUUUUGGGUGGCCACUUCUGUGGUGGGGUGCCAGGGCUCGUGGGUGUGGGAGGGCUGUGUCUGCUCCCCACCAGCUCUCAUCUUUGUGUAGGAUCCCCCUGGGAAGGUGAGCUGAGCCUCCCCAUGGCACCAUUCCUUGCUGGGGAGGUGGGGAAUGAAAUAAAAAUGUGGUCUCUUUCAUAAUUUCACCCUCCUGCAGGUUUGCUGUUCACCCUUGGUGCCAGCUCCCUCUGAUUUUCAUUAAAUAUUUUGCUGAAGAAUGGAAAAACCCUUCUUAUAAAGACUAAAAAUUAGGGAAUU